UAUGCAAAAUUAUAUAUUUAUGCAAAAGAUCAAAAACAAGUAAAUUUUUCUGCUAUUUAUAACUAUCAAAAAAAAAAUUUCUAUUAGCUCUAACUACCAAAUUACGUGUGUAGUCCAUGUUAUUUCUCCUCGAGUUGGUCACGUAGAAUCACGUUGUCGGUAACGUGGUACGACGAGAGCGGGAUAAGCGUAGAAUAUCAACUAACUCCGCUUCCAAAGGUGACUAUACAUAUAGAAAAGAAAUCAUCUGGUAUAUUGUAGUGAUAUGGCGUAAUGCAAUCAGUGAAAGUAAAGAAAACUGAUGUCGAACAAUGUGGCGCGAAUCAUUUGAAAAAUUAUGCUACGUCUUUGCCAACGAUUGACAAUUCUAUCACGAAAAACUUAAAAUGUAUUCUAUACACGAAAUUGUCACUCACUCAGAAGACAUAAAGGUUGGUGGACACUAUGAACAAUGGGAUUACUUUCUCUGUGUUCCUACGUAGAGGUUUAGUAAAAAAAAAAAAAUGCGCACGAGUCACACAUUAGCAAUAUUCUGUGCACUAUGCAUAAUCGUCGAGUGCAGUGGAACUAUUUCAACCCGAAUUGCUAGAACACUUCCGUUCGAUAUGUUCCCUUCAAGAUGGACAGCUAUGCUUCGAACAUUGUGGUCUAAUGGAAAAUUUUGGGAAUGGCCAAGAAAUGGUGUAGAAACUUUCCUAAGAAUUAUAGCUUCUCCGGAUACUAGAAAAAAAAUAAUGUUCGAAUUUAGACCAGAAGACGGGCCUCGGGCCUCACUUGAUUAUCAAAGACGUUAUGGCUAUCGAGGUCAGUGGUUGAUCGAAUUAUUGGGUUCCGGUUUUCAUCCAGAUGACGUGCCUUAUCGACAACCGUUACCUUCUUCCGUAUUGGUACCACCACCACCAUCUUUUUAA